AUGGCGGCUGAGCGACUACACCCAACUUGGAGAGCAGGAAUUCCCGACCCGAUGGAUGGAAUCCGGAGACGCUUCGAUUUCUCAACACCUGCAGAAGCCUCAGGGAGCGGCGCAAGAAACCCCUCGGCUCCUCCAAUAUUUCGUGCCCUCGACGAACAGACUCCCGCGGCGACCCGAGUCAACAUGACCGAGCCGCCCCCUCUCCGCCGGAACUUAAGGCGACGAGCCGGCGAAGAAGAAAACGACACGAUCGACGUGGACACCCAUCAGAACGACGGAACCACGAAUCCGCAACAAACCGGCUCGGCUCGGCGAAUAAGUCAAGAAGAGCUCGCCUCGGCACUAAACGGCGUUCGAACUGACGAGGUCUCCGAUCCGACUCGCGGCGAUAACCCAACCGAGGAGGAAGAAAACCUCCAGUGGAUCGAGCAGGCAGAGCGCGAAGACGAGCCGAGGAGAGAGGAACGAGAGCGAGCCCCCCAAUCAAAGGGAAUGACUCACGCACAAACUCUCGAACUCAAAGAGCUGCGAGCCUCGAUGGCUCGGACGGUAGCUGAAAUACGCGCCAUGAAGUCCCAAGUGCACAACGCAACAAGCGCCGCGCCCGAAAUCGACCGAAUGCUUGAAGAAACUCAGAGAACUCCAUUCACGGCAAGAAUCACGGAGGCAAAGAUUCCCGAGCCCGGGAAAGUGAGAAUCCUGUUCUACGAAGGAACAACCGACCCGAAAACACACAUCACAGCGUUUCAGAUAGAAAUCGGACGGGCCUUCACAAAGACCGCCGCUAAACUGACCGAACGGGAAGUAGAUGCCGGAUACCGCCUGCUCUUCGUGGAGCAUCUUAAGGGCGCCGCGCUCGAGUGGUUUUCAAGACAGGAACGCAAUUCAAUCGGCAGCUUUCAACAGCUCUCCGCCUUAUUCCUUAAACAAUACUCGAUGUUUAUGGACAGAGGAACAUCCGAUGCCGACCUGUGGACACUAUCCCAAGGACCGAACGAACCGCUUCGGGAUUACAUGGCAAAAUUCAAGGCAGUCUUCCGACGGGAGAUGGCUCUCAACACGCCGCAAACAAUUCAAGACGCUUUGCACCGGUCAUCAGACUUCUUCGUAAACGAGGAGGAAAUGAAAAACUUGGAAGAGCAGUACGAAGCAACGAAAGCAGCAAUCCGAAGCUCAAUUCUGCCGCGGCCCGCGAAAAAGGGCAACCCAUCGAACAACACAACAAUGCAGAGCUCGGAUGAAUCUAGAAGCGGAGGUGCCCAUAACUAUCAGGUAGGCACCAGACGCGGAAGAGGAGAGCCGCGCAACAACACUUGGGUGAGAAAGUCCGCCAACUACGACGAGAAGGCUUUCUGUGAGUAUCACCAGACCUACGGCCACUCAACGGCACAAUGCCAAACUCUAGGAGCAAAACUCGCGGCUAAGAUGGCAGCGGGAGAGCUCCAAAAUGCGGUCAACCUCAAAGACCUCGUCCCUAAUGAACCACAAGAAAGAGCCAAGCUGAACGGCGCGGCGGAACCCGCGAAUCCUCCCCGACGAGGCGAUAACUCCAAGCGCGACAGGAGAGCCUAUCAGCGCCGAGCCGAAGGAAAGGAGAAUUGGACAGAACCAACCGACAUCCCAAACACAGUGAUCUCUUUUGCCGAGGAGGAAACGGCAGGAAUCGAUCGACCUCACAACGAUCCGUUGGUGAUUGAGUUAACAAUCAGGGAUCAUGGCGUAGCAAGGGUGCUCAUCGAUACUGGAAGCUCAGUGAACGUCAUCUUCAGGGAAACACUCAGAAGAAUGGGAAUCGACCUCUCCGAGGUGGAAGCAAUCCCCAAACCUCUAACCGGAUUUUCAGGAGAAACAACGAUGACUAUGGGAACGAUCAGGCUUCCUGUGGUAGCUGGCGGAGUCACUAAGAUCGUCGAAUUCUGCGUCACUGAUCACCCAACAAUCUACAAUGUGAUCAUGGGAACUCCAUGGAUCAACGGGAUGAGGGCGGUACCUUCCACCUAUCAUCUCUGCCUCAAGUUCCCAACUCCAGCAGGUGUCAAAACGAUCUGGGGGAAUCAGAAGGAGUCACGAAUGUGCUGCCUGGCCGAACACAAGCUGAGGAACCCCGUCACCGACGCACGAGCAGACAUAGACCACAAAAAGAUGAAGACAGACCGAGAGCCUGCGAACGAGCUCUCGAAACUCCUAUAG